AUGGCUUUACAUCAGUUUGAUUACAUCUUCGCUAUUGCGAUGAUUUUUGCAUUUUUAGAUGCUUGGAACAUUGGUGCCAAUGAUGUCGCCAAUUCCUUCUCCACUUCGGUCUCCUCAAGAUCCUUGAAGUACUGGCAAGCUAUGAUUUUAGCAGCAAUGAUGGAGUUCCUUGGUGCUGUUUUGGUUGGUUCAAGAGUUUCAGAUACCAUUAGAAAUAAGAUUGUUGAUGUUUCCGUUUUUAGUGAAGAGCCAGCUGUUUUGAUGUUGACUAUGGCUACUGCUUUGGUUGGUUCCUCUACUUGGUUGACUUUGGCUACCUCAAUUGGUAUGCCUGUUUCUACUACCCACUCCAUUGUUGGUGCUGUCAUUGGUGCUGCAAUUGCCGCAAAAGGGGGACAAAACAUACACUGGGGUUGGAAUGGUGUUUCACAAAUCAUUGCCUCGUGGUUCAUUGCCCCUGCUAUUGCUGGUUCGUUUGCCUCGCUCAUCUUUUUAAUCUCCAAGUUUGGUGUUUUGGAAGUCAAGAACCCAAGAACUUCAUUGAGAAAUGCCAUGAUGUUGGUGCCUUGUUUGGUUUUCACCGCAUUCUCCAUCUUGACAAUGUUGAUUGUUUGGAAGGGUUCUCCAAAGUUGGGUUUGUCCGAUUUGGGAACUAGUACUAUUGUUGGUGCCAUCUUUGGGACCGGUGGUGUUGCAUUUGCCGUUUACAUGUUGUUUGCAUUCCCAUUCUACAGAAGAAAAUUGGUUCAUGAAGAUUGGACAUUGAAAUGGUAUGACAUUUUCAGGGGUCCUAUUUACUGGUUCAAAUCGACCGACAACAUCCCACCAAUGCCAGAGGGACACAAAUUGACAGAGGAUUACUACAAAGGUAGAAGAUAUGAUGAAGCUGGAAACUUGAUUGACUCAAAUGGAAGAGCUGAAUCUGAAUCCGUUGAUGGUAAAUCCGAUUCCCAUGAUGAAAUUAGUCAGGAAGAUAUCGAAAAGACACAAUCAGUCAAUGUUCAAGACCAGCAAAUUACUGCUGCCGCAAAACUGCAAGAAAAGAAAUACAAGUUCCCAAGAGGAUUCAAGAAAUACUGGGCUUUGGCCAAAGAAUCUCCAAAAAACUGGCCAUUGUGUCUCUUUUUGGUUUGUACCCACGGUGUUAGACAAGACAUCAUUUCGAACCAAGCUGGCUCUAAAGAUAUGUUGGCUGGUGAUUUACACAAGAUGCACACCGCUUCCAAAUACUACGACAACAAGAUUGAAUUCAUGUACUCAUUAUUGCAAGCUAUCACCGCUUGUACCAUGUCUUUUGCUCACGGUGCCAACGAUAUUGCUAAUGCUACUGGGCCAUUGGCUACAGUCUAUUUGGUAUGGACCACCAACACCACUGCAUCAAAAGCUGAAGUUCCAGUUUGGGUCUUGUGUUACGCUGCAGCAGCUUUGACUAUUGGUUUGUGGACAUAUGGUUACAGAAUCAUGGCUAACUUGGGUAACAAGUUGAUUUUGCAGUCACCAGCUAGAGGCUUCUCUAUCGAAUUAGGUGCUGCUGUCACUACCGUCAUGGCCACUCAAUUGGCUAUCCCAGUCUCAACUACCCAAUCAGCUGUUGGUGCUACCGUUUUCGUUGGUUUGUGUAACAAGGAAUGGAAAACCGUCAACUGGAGAAUGGUUGCUUGGUGUUAUCUUGGGUGGAUCUUUACCUUGCCCAUGGCCGGGUUGAUUGCUGGUAUCCUCAAUGGUAUCAUCUUGUAUGCUCCAUCCAAAGGCAUUACAUACAGCUUGAGUUAG